AUGGUUCUAGAUAUAGUGAAUGAGGUCAAUACGAAUUCCAAGACCUUACCAAAUGACAGCCUUGGCUUCCACAUUUAUGAUAGUUAUCUAAAUGCAAGGAUGACUCAUCAGAACACAUUGAAACUUCUUUCUAGCUACAAAAGGAUUGUUCCAAAUUUUAAAUGUGAUAAGCAAAAGAAACUGAUAGCUGUCAUUGGGGGACUUGAUUGUGAAAUCUCCCUUUACAUGGCUACACUCUUAGGCAUCUACAAGAUUCCACAGAUUGCCUACUGUGUGAAUGCUCCAGUGGUGGAUGGUAAAAGCCAGCUCCCUCCAUUUUACCGGAUGGUACCAAAUGAAGAAUAUCAAUACACAGGGAUUGUCCGUCUUCUUCUUCAUUUCCAGUGGACAUGGGUUGGGAUCCUUACAAUGGAGAAUGAUAAUGGAGACACAUUUGUACAGACUUUAAUGCCAAUGCUUUUGAAGAAUGGAAUCUGUAUAGCCCUCAAUAGCAAAAUACCAGCCAUAACUCAUGCUAUAGAUAUGUUGAGUUCAUUUGAAUCUAUCCUAGAUAAGGCCAGUUAUCUAUCCGAUUCUAAAAUCACAGUAUUUAUUGUAAAUGCAGAAAAUCCCACAAUAACGUCUUUGACAUGGACAAUAUAUUUAUACGCAAUGUUGAAAGGCAUUGUAGAGACUUCCAUAAGAAAAACAUGGAUUAUUACAGUCCAAUGGGAUUUUUCAUCAGAUACAAUGCACAGAGCUUCAGAUAUACGAGUCUUUGAUGGUGCAUUGUCUUUUGCAAUGCAUUCAGAUGAAGUGCCGGGGUUCAGAAAAUACCUUCAGACCCUAAAUCCAAACUCACCAAAAGGAGAUGGUUUUAUGAGAAUAUUCUGGGAGCAGGUAUUCAAUUGCUUAUUUCCUGAUUCUAACGAAGGGAAGGGAAAUGCUAAUAUUUGCACCGGUGAAGAGAAAUUGGAGCAGCUCACUGGAACACUCUUUGAAAUUAGUAUGACUGGCCAAAGUUACAGCAUCUACAAUGCAAUCCAUGCCAUAGCACAUAGUUUACAUAAGAUGUACGUGUUCAGGUCAAAACACAGAGCAACGCUGGACAGAACUAGAUUUAAUCUUCCAAAUCUACAACACUGGCAGCUUCACUCUUUCCUAAGGAGCAUCUCAUUUAACAACACUGCUGGAGACACAGUAUCUUUUAAUGAGAAUAGUGAAUUAGCAGCUGGAUAUGAUAUAAUAAACUGGGUAACUUUCCCAAACCAAUCUUUUGUAAGAGUGAAAGUUGGAAGGAUGGAGCCACAACCUAUAAUGGAUAAAGAGUUUGUCAUUGCUGAGGAGGCUAUCACAUGGCCCACGGAGUGCACAAUGCUGCCUGUUGCCAUGUGUAAUGAAAAGUGUCACCCAGGCUACAGAAGAAAAAAGAAAGAGGGUGAGCCAUUUUGCUGCUACGAUUGUGCCCCAUGUCCGGAUGGAAAGAUUUCACACCAAAAAGACAUGGAUGAUUGUGAACAAUGCCCAGAAGAUAAAUUUGCAAACAAAAACAGAGACAGAUGCCUUCCUAAGGUCAUAGACUUCCUCUCUUUCUCAGAACCACUGGGCAUCACUUUAUCUUUUUUUAGUUUGACAUUUUCACUAAUUACAGCUUUGGUGCUAGGCAUUUUCAUCAAGUACAAAGACACUCCCAUCAUUAAAGCCAACAAUCAGAACCUCUCUUUCUCACUCCUCAUCUCUCUAUUUCUAUGCUUCCUGUGUUCCUUCCUAUUCAUUGGCAAGCCCCAGUCAGUGACCUGCUGUUUACGGCAAACUGCUUUUGGCAUAAUCUUUUCAGUAGCUGUUUCUUCUGUAUUGGCAAAAACUAUCACUGUGGUUAUUGCAUUCAUGGCUACCAAGCCAGGGUCCAGCAUGAGGAAGUGGGUUGGGAAAAGACUCACUAAUUUGAUUCUUAUUGGUUGCUCUCUUAUUCAAGUCAUUAUUUGCGGUUUAUGGUUUUGUACAGCUCCUCCAUUCCCAAAUUUAGACAUGGACUCAUUGGCUGAAAAAAUCAUAGUGGAAUGCAACGAAGGGUCAAGCACAAUGUUUUAUUGUGUUCUGGGAUACUUGGGAUUUCUGGCCAUUAUCAGCUUCACCAUGGCUUUCCAGGCCAGGAGAUUGCCAGACAGUUUUAAUGAAGCCAAAUUCAUCACUUUCAGCAUGUUGGUCUUCUGCAGUGUUUGGCUGUCCUUUGUUCCCUCUUACUUGAGCACAAAGGGAAAAUACAUGGUGGCAGCUGAGAUUUUCUCCAUCUUGGCCUCCAGUGCUGGGUUACUUGGUUGUAUCUUUGCUCCCAAAUGCUAUAUAAUUAUCCUGAGACCAGAUCUGAAUACCAAGGACAAGCUAAUAAGGUGA